AUGCUAGAAAACAAAUCAAUAACAUUGAAAGAGGCAGCUAAUUUAAACUACCAAAAGAAAUGUGAACUCAUAAGAACUGAUCCUGUAACAUGUGUUCGAUAUUUUCAACAUCGAUUAAAAUAUUUGUGGAGAAUCUUAUCAGCUCCGUGUGGUCCAUUCCAGGGAUACGAACUAGUUGACAAAUAUGUCCUAACCGAAUUUCAAGUUCGUGGUUCACCGUAUAUUCAUGCUUUGCUUUGGUUGAAAGAUGCACCAUAG